GCGAAGAAGACGCAGUUCCCAUCGUCCUCAGAUAAGCACCGACAUAGAAAUGCUGAAUCUAGUUGUGGUACUGGUUUGUGUCUGCAAUGCUUUCGCCCAGAGCAACAGCUAUGGCUCACAAUGUAAGUAUGUGGCAUAUGUGGCUGCCAAUGUAAGUAUGUGGUACAUAUGGCUGCCAUUGUAAGUAUGGGGUAGAUACGGCUCCCAAUGUAAGUAUGGAGUAGCCUUGGCUGCCAAUAUAAGUAUGUAGUACAUGUGGCUCCCAAUUUAUGAGGUACAUAUGAAUCCCAAUGUAAGUGUGUGGUAAAUAUGGCUCCCAAUGUAAGCAUAUGGUAGCCAUGACUCCCAAUGUAUAGGGGUAGUUAUGACUCCGAUUGUAAGUAUGUGGUAUUCAUGGCUAGAAAUUAAGUAGCUUUUAUGCAUUACCCUAUGAAAUGUUUUCAAUGUUUGAUUAUUGCACCGAGAUUCAAAGAAGCAGCGUUUUGAUAACAUGAAAUAUUACCAUGUUGUUAGUGCUGAUAGUUAAAACGUAAGAGUGGUAAUGAUCUUCUAUGUACACAGGGAUGUUGUUAUAGUGUUGAUAGUUAAGACCUAAGAGUGAUAAUGAUCUUCUAUGUAUACACAGGGAUGUUGUUAUAGUGUUGAUAGUUAAGACCUAAGAGUGGUAAUGAUCUUCUAUGUACACAGGAAUGUUGUUAUAGUGUUGAUAGUUAAGACCUAAGAGUGGUAAUGAUCUUCUAUGUACACAUAGAUGUUGUUAUAGCUCUGAUAGUUAAGACCUAAGAGUGGUAAUGACCUCCUAUGUACACGGGGAUGUUGUUAUGAGGUUGAACGAUGGGUGUACAGAAAACUUGAACUGGGCGAUUUGAUUGAUGCCAUUGUCUUGGGUUUUUUCCCCCCUCUUAAGCCUACGCCCCUCCACCACCAGUGACCAACUACGCCAACAAUGGCUACGGCAAUGACUACGCUCUGCUCGGUGACAUCAGGGCGUUGGCUAAGAACGCUUCAGGUAGGUGCUCAAGUUAUCUACCCUUAGACUUAAUGCCACACUGAGCGUGUUCCGUCCUGAGGGAUUCUCAAUUCUUUGGAAAUAAAGAGUUUGGGAAAGUUGAAUUAUCGGGAUGGGAGGAGGGGGGGCAUAAUGUACGCCACGGUCUUAAUGUACGGCACGGUCUUAAUUUACGGCACGGUCUUAAUGUACGCCACGAUCUUAAGGUACGCCACGGUCUUAAUGUACGUCACCUUCUUAAGGUACGCCACGGUCUUAAGGUACGCCACGGUCUUAAUGUACGCCACGGUCUUAAUGUACGCCACGGUCUUAAGGUACGCCACGGUCUUAAGGUACGCCACAGUCUUAAUGUACGUCACGGUCUUAAGGUACGCAACGGUCUUAAUGUACGCCACGGUCUUAAGGUACGCAACGGUCUUAACGUACGCCACGGUCUUAAUGUACGCCACGGUCUUAAUGUACGCCACGGUCUUAAUGUACGCCACGGUCUUAAUGUACGCCACGGUCUUAAUGUACGUCAUAAACACAAUCUACUUCACAAUCUAUGUCUUGAAUCUUGAUUUCUCAUCUCCCCGUUUGUUGUACUCUCCAGUUGUGAAAAGCAAGGACAAUGCUCUCGACGAAAUCAUUCUCGCGUUGAUUGCCGCUAACGAUGAGAACACGUUCUUCAACAACCAGGUCAAGGUCAACAUUCUGCCCUCCAUCUUUAGCGACCUUGCUCGACAGAACAGGGAGAUUGCUGAUCUUGAGUCCCAGGUGAGCUAAGCACGACGCGAUCACUCAUCUUGCUCAGAAAACUGACCACCCCCACCCCACUUUUUUUAUGUGUUCUUCUCUUCGCUAAUCACUCAUUUACUCACUUAUUAGGGUUAAAAAUAAUAUGAAACAUAACAUACUAAGCCAUUCCUGGUCAGUUAUUUUCUCCUGCUGUCAUUAAUGUGACUCUGUGCAUCCACAUAUCGGUGCACAGCGUAUUAGGCAGUAGUUAUCAGGACACAGCCCCCCCCCCCCCCCCACUUUCCUUUACUAUCACACAUACGCUGUAGAGUUACCCAGGAGGGGUGCCCCAAGCAUAAAUGCUCAGUGGUGUUCGACGGGAGGGGCGCCCCAAGCGCACAUGUUCAGUGGUGUUCCACGGGAGGGGUGCCCCAAGCACAAAUGUUCAGUGUUCUUCCACAGGGGGGGGGUGACCAGAGCUGUAGCCCCCGGGAUAGAACAUUACCGAAUUUGUUACAUUUCAGAUAAUGAGAUAUGGGUGUACACGUAGCAUAGGCAAGAAUAUAAUUUCAGACGAGGGGAAACUUUCUGUAUGUGCCCCCCCCAUACCAAUUAAUGAUUUCUCUGUGACAUAAACAUAUUUAUCCGCGGCUGUCCCCACCAGGCCACUCAGCUUGUCUUCCUUGCCGACGACAUUGCCGUCCUCCAGAAGGCAGUCAGCCUACUCAAAGCUCGAAUCCCCGUCAUCGUAGCCCGAGAGGACGAGUUCGCUCGCGUGUUGAAGGACUUCGAGGCUGUUGACUUGGUUCAGGACGCCACCCUUGCCCAGGCCAAGAAAGAUGUAAGUUUUAAAAAAAAAAACAAUAUCACAGACGAUGUCGAAGGAAAUGUAGUUUUAAAUAACAAUUGAUAUAUUGAAUAGAUAACAAUGGAAGGACAGCAUUCAAUUGAUAUAUUGAAUAGAUAACAAUUGAAGGACAACAUUCAAUUGAUAUAUUGAAUAACAAUUGAAGGACAGCAUUCAAUUGAUAUAUUGAAUAGAUAACAAUUGAAGGACAUCAUACAAUUGAUAUAUUGAAUAACAAUUGAAGGACAGCAUUCAAUUGAUAUAUUGAAUAGAUAACAAUUGAAGGACAGCAUACAAUUGAUAUAUUGAAUAACAAUUGAAGGACAGCAUUCAAUUGAUAUUUUGAAUAGAUAACAAUUGAAGGACAGCAUACAAUUGAUGUAUUGAAGUAUUGAGCUUUAAACAAAAACAAUAAAACAACCUGUAAAUGAAAUUAUAUGGUAACUUAUUAAAGUGUGUUGGUGGUCAGAUGUAACCACUUAUUUAACUUAUUAUAGUAUGUUAGUGGUCAGAUGUAACCACUUAUUUAACUUAUUAUAGUAUGUAUGUUGGUGGUCAGAUUUAACGACUUAUUAUAGUAUGUUGGUGGUCAGAUUUAACGACUUAUUAUAGUAUGUUGGUGGUCAGAUGUAACCACUUAUUUAACUUAUUAUAGUAAGUAUGUUGGUGGUCAGAUUUAACGACUUAUUAUAGUAUGUUGGUGGUCAGAUUUAACGACUUAUUAUAGUAUGUUGGUGGUCAGAUUUAACGACUUAUUAUAGUAUGUUGGUGGUCAGAUGUAACCACUUAUUUAACUUAUUAUAGUAUGUAUGUUGGUGGUCAGAUUUAACGACUUAUUAUAGUAUGUUGGUGGUCAGAUUUAACUAUACUACAUUUUAAAAAUAACGAAAUAGAAAGGAAAUCGUGAAUUUGUGUCUUCCCAGCAACACUCUUGACCGAAAUAGUUAGACGAAAUGGCGAUGCUCGUCACUCACGACCAACUCACAAUUUGACUUCAGAAAAAUAUAGGUCGUCUCCCCCCCUCCCCCUCUUCAAUACUCAACGUUCACCUCAGUUCCCUAGGCCUUUAUCCUAAUCAAGUUCGGUGCACACUCACUCAGCCCCCACUAUUCAUUUGGCACUACACCCUCAGCCACGCAGCUCACUUGGUUAUACACACCCUCAGUCCCACAACUCACUUGGCACACUCGACAUACUCAGACAACGCAGGCGAACAAUGAGGUGUAUCUUUCACGUUUUGUCCACGUCAUAGAGGGUAUCUGAGAUUUAUUGAACUCUUUUCUCUUCCACCCACCCAGCACUGUGGUGCUACAGCCCAUGUAAGGCUUUUGCCUGCCCCACCACACCAUUGCACCACACCUACCUGAUGCUUUUCUUUUCCAUCCUUGGAUUCCCAGCUGCUGUAGAUCCCUCUCCACAUCUUCCAUCCAUCUAAGCCUGGGUCUGCCUUUGAGCCGUUUUCCUCUGGGGUUUUGGUGGUGCACCCUCUUCACUCCUCUGUCGUUUGGCUUUUUUUCUUUUCUUACUGUCAUAAUUUUGGCAUUGAACGUAACUGGUCGUCGUCCACCGAUCCCAAAGCGCCAUUCCCCACCCUUUUGAGACACAAGAGAAUUGUUUUAUAUCAAUAAUUGUCGGGAUUUUUAAUGAAAAAGGGGUGGGGUGGAAAACCCAAGGAUUGCCCUGUGAUGGCACAAACUCUAGCUACCCCAUUGAUUUUAUAUAAACACUAGUUUGAUAAUUUUGUAAAAAAAAAAGUAUUGCUCAGGUAACGUAUGAGAGAAAGACGUACUUAUAUUUUAUAAUAAAUAAAAUAUUUGGAUUAAAAAAAAACACAUGUGAAAUAUGAAUCCUUCGACAUGUCAAUAGUACAUAUAAGAUUCCACAACCGCAAACAAAUAAAUAAGCUUCACGGUGACUUCCCUUUCAGCUGGACGCCCAGACGAGCAAAUUGGCUGAAUUGGAGGCCCUCGUUGUCGUCAUCCAGGGCCAGAUUGCAAACUUCCGCAGAACUCUCGAAGACAUUUUUGGAAACAUCAACGCCGAGUCUGGUAAGUUAGGCAUGGCCGACUAUCAGAAAAUCUGUGUUGUUGUGUAUACGUGUCCUGUGAUAUUUCCCUUAAUCUUAUACUUUCAUUUAGCCUAUUAAAACGAUUUAGCUUAUUUACACGUAUUUAAGCUCUACUUCAACGAUACUGUCGGUCUUCCAUUAGAAGAUUAGAAUAUAUAUUCGACGCAUUGACACGCACAAAACGAACACAGUGGAUUGAAUACUCUCAAACAGCUUGGCUUUAAAUUGUUAAGGGGCCAUCCACCUAGCACUUACUCAUUGAGGGGGGAGCAGGGUUUCUUUCAGCUAUAUCUCCGGGGUGGGGGCAGUGCCCCCCCCCGGGGAAAGCCAAGUGCCCCCCCCCCCGAGCAAAAACAUUUCCAACAAUAAAUCAACUGGAACUGCUGGCCCCAAACCCCCCCCCCCCCGAAAAACUUAAUGGCCCCCCGGGGGGAAAAUUUGUAAAAGAAACGGGGGGGGGGGGGGGGUAGAGGAGUUGUCGGUUUGCCUACGCGUGUGCCUAUGACACGGGGAUGAUAUAAAAGAGGGUUUGGCUAUAACGGCAGAAAAGACGCACAGUCAUUCACACACACAAAAAUAAUAAUUCCGAAAUUGUCCUGAAAUUCUGACAGUCCAUAAAUAACAUAUUAAUACCUCUAAUGCUGUCAAAAUAUCACACAACGUUUUGUAAUUGUCGUUAUAGUGUCGCCAUGUGUCUUCAUAAGAGAGCACGCUAGACUCCACACGAGUAGUAAGGUAGCAGCAUUAAGAUGUAGUCCACCAUCCGCUUCAGAAGACAAUAUAAGAGGCCUUCCAUAUAGUAUGCACGCAAAAAAGAAAAUCAAACUUUCGAAACUCUCCCCCCCCCCCCCCCCCCUACACAAAAAAAAAAAACCAACCUUCCAAACCCCCCCCCCCCCCCCCGUUAUACGCAUUAGACACCUCCUGUGCGUUUUAAUACGACACAAUUAUGACGUCACCGGUUAAAAAUGUGUCACAGUUUACUGUUUUCCCCGCUGUUUGGCGAGCGCAGUGGUUCUCAACUCGUUUUUGAAAUUCCUCUUAACAUGAUGUAACAAAUUUUAACAGCCCAGACCUUCACCUUUGAACUCUCCGCCCAAAACAACCGUGUCACCAGACGACUCUCCGAGGACUUCAGUGGCCGCAAACCCGCCUACCAAUGGGGCGUCAUCAGCCUCCACAUCAGCGACAACACCAGGAGCUACGUGUACAACUACGGUCAGAACGGACCAACCAGUGGAUAUGCCGCCUCCAAUCCAUACACUGGGUAUGGAUCCAACGGAAAUGGAUAUUCGUAAGUGGUGAAUCUAUAUUUAAAAAAUAAUAAUAAUGAUAAUUAUAUUAGACGUAGUAACCUUUGUAGUACAGAGAACAAAUUCAUUGGUUGCAUAGAGUAACUAGAAGUACAAGAAAAUAUAAUGAAGUUAACUAGAAGUACAAGAAAACAUUAAUUCAGAGGAUUUUAAAUUAGCAUGAACGUAGGAUUUAACAUUCCCUGACUUCGCCUUGCUUAACACGCACACAAAUAAUACAACCCAAGGGGAUGGUCCAUAAACAGCAUUUUGACAAAGGAUAAAAUAACAUUGUAUAGCUCAGUUGAAACUCUGUGAUUAAGCUGGACUCAGUGCCAGCCUGCACGGUGCAUGGCUAGGUGCCGUAACUGUGUGUCGCUAGGUGCCGUAACAGUGUGUAGCUAGGUGCCGUAACUGUGUGUAGCUAGGUGCCGUAACUGUGUGUAGCUAGGUGCCGUAACUGUGUAUAACUAGAUGCCGUAACUGUGUGCAAGACUGUGCAAACAGCUAUGACUAUUCAAGGUUUUGCGUGUCCUUACACAGGGCCCCACCACUCAACCCAAGCAUCUCUUAUGACGUAGAUGUUGAAUAUGAUGACAUCACACGUGACGUCACUGUUACUCUAGAGGACUUCAGUACUGGAGGAUUCCGGGUCGAAAAGGUCAGUCUUUUUGUUGUAUCAUGAUUGGUCAGUGUCAAGAUAACCCGGGGAAAAAAAAAAGGGGGGGGGGAGGGAGGAGAGAGAACUAUUAUAUAAAUAUAUAUAAAAAUUAGAUAGCUUUCGCAAGGGAGGCUACUACAAACAUAAAAUGAAAUAUGCAAUUCAAUUACCCACAAGAAACAUUACUCACACUUUUUCACCUGCAAUAAGCAAACAAACAAUGAUGUCUUUGACAAACAACCUCCAUUUUAUUACAUCCUUAGGUCACAGUCCAGGUAGUCUUCUACAGACUUGAACACGAUACAUUGGUCAACUACGGCGCCUACAGCAGUAAAUAUUAAUGGGAUUGAUUUAGAUGAAACUUCCUUCGACUUAUGAGAAUGGCCGUUAUCGUUUGGAACACGAG